ACUGCUCAGCCUUCCCCUCUCUUCCUGCCGCGGGCGGUACACCUAAGCUCCCUGACUCUUCCCACGCGGCCCUGCGUCCCCUCCCCACAGGCUGUUCCCUGCACCCGCGGGUGGGACUGGACCCUUCCCUGCACGUCCAGCCUGCUUCCCGCGGUCUUCCUCCGUCUGGCCCUGGCAUCCCGCUCCUCUGGCCCCAGGCUGUGUGGGGACAGCUUUCCCCCAGGCCCGUCGUCAGUGUCCUGAGCUCCGCCGACUCCCGCCCGCUGGCGUCGCAGGCCUGGUGACAAGCUGUCGCUGGCCUCUAGGGCUCCUGGGACUCAGGCACACAGAGCUCCCUCGGGGCCAAAUUUGUGUCACGCGCAGGGACACCGGAGAUGCGUGCACAGUCCGUGUAACGGCCUUGCUUGGCGCCUCUCUGUUUCUCCUCUGAGGGGCUGAGAGUCGCGGAGUUUCCUGGUUGGAGGCUGUGGCGGACGCGAUUUGCUUCCUCGUAUAGGGUUCCGGAGGCGGCGAAAAGUCCAGCGGGUCUCCGAAGCCGGUAGACAGAGCCAUGAAGACGUCGGGCUUCAGGAGGGGGAAGGGCGAGCUGCCCUGGGGCUCAGCCCCCGGAAGGCGGGCGCGGGCGCCGGGAGUGAGAGUGCGGACCACGCCUCCUCCCAGCCCAGGCGCCACGACCCGGACAGGGGGUUCGACAGGCUCCGCAGAGCUGCCGGCGGGGACCGGACAGAGACAAUGCGGCGGAUCCUUUCGCUGCCGAAGAGUGGCGUGGCUGACAGAGACGAGAAGAACAGACUGUGCAACGAACAGAGUUCUGGUGACUCAUGGCUUUCAAUAGAUGAUGAACUCUUUGAAUAGUACCAAGACUACCUUUGAGAAUGUUCCACGGAAAUAUGAUAGUCGCUUAACUGGAGCUGAUGGUCAAAGAGGAAAAAUUACAAUAAAGGAACAAGAAGAUUCUCUUGAGCAAUAUCAUCACUUGAAGCCUAAGAUUGAAAUGAAAGAGUAUGUUUCGAACCAGGCAGUCGGAAUGAAAGAUGUACAAGCAUGCACAUCAGCUUUUUCAGAUUUGGAUUUUAAUAGUUUGACCUUCAGUAAUGAAAUUCAUGAAAGAUCUGAGAAUUUGGAAGUUGGUGGUCUACGUCCAUUUGUAUCUCCACCAAUGACCAACACUGUGUUGGGAUCCACAGACUUGGGACAGAUGAACUUAAUAGAUCAAGAAAAGAUGACCACUGCAGAGUUAUGGAUUCACUAACAGAUUCUACUGUAUGCUCUGACAACUAUGACCACAAUGGGUGAGUUGACUGAUCUAAGUGGUGAAAAGUACUGGGAGCAUCAAUGGCAAUAACAGCUUUCUAUCAGAGACUUUAAGCAUCUUUAGGUAACAUUGUUUUUGAACCAGAGUGGAAAAAAUAAGAUCAGGUCAGAAGAGGGAUGCUUGGUACUCAAGGAUUGUUUGUGACCCCAAGUAAUUAGCAGCCAAAACCUUAGAAAACUAUCAGAAUGCCUGUGUAUGAGACUCUCUGAAGAGUGAUCCAAAAGAGGAGAGAAUCCUACUUGGAGAAAGAAGGUGGUAGCAUUGGACAGGCACCAGAGGAGCCCUCAGCAGAAAGAAAGGAACUAAGAGACCCUGUAUCUGUCCCUCACCCUUCAGAGCUGGUGCCCCAAACUCAAAGCCAUCAUCAUAUUGGAUGGAGCCCCUGCCUCAGGUUUGUCACUUGAUCCUAUUUGAGGGGAAGCAAAGAUAUCUGUGACUCAUGAAGAGCAUAAAAGUAGUGGAGGGACUUGAUAAUUAGGAAAUCAAAAUGGGCAAGAAUAAUGUGUGCCUACAAAUGGAACAUGAAUUUGAAGCAAAUUUAAGUUAAAUUUGCUGCCACACAUGAUGAUCAGGUUCAGUAAUAAAGAGCUGUAUUUAAAUCUUGAUUCAUUAAACUUUUUUGAGAGUCCUAAACAAUUUUUAUUACCAACACGUAAAGACUUCUUUCUAGAGAAAAAUGAAGUACCAGGUGCCAAAUAACAGAUUUACAUGAGAAUUUUUAGGGACAACACAUUGUAAUUUGUAGUGCAAUCAUAGCCAAUUUGAACCAAAAAAAAAAGUCAUGUAUGCAUUUAUGUUGUUUCUUACUAUUUACCUUUCAAUCCUUUGCACUGACCCCAAUGAAUUGGCAUCAGAAAUCUGUGCUGGAGUCAACAAUGAAAGGUGAUGUCAUAAUAUAUAUUGGAGAUGGGAGGAAUUCAGGUUUGUGAAAUUCAGUCUCAGAAUUAUUCAUGUGAAAAUAGUUUUCUGGACACUGAUUCUAAAAUUCUUUCUAAAAAGUUAGGUCUUCAGUAAGUCAUAUUUACCAUAUCUUUUAGAUUCAAGGAAUUUUGUUGUUCAAAUAAAUUGUCAUAUCACCACUCCAUGUGGCAAAUCUCUAAUAUAUUUUUGCAUUUGAUGUUUAAAGUAAAAUACAGCAACCUUACAUAGAGCUUUAUAGCAAGCUUCGUGUGUUCAAAUAUAAUUGGUACUUUUAUAACCAAUGCUGUUUGUGUUAUACUCAGAAAGUUAUUUCUUAUCGUAAGAUUACAAAUAUAGUCACCAAAAUUUAUUUUAUAUUUUGAAUUAAUUUUCUACAUUGAAAUAAUAUAAGUGCUGCUGCUGUUGUUACUAUUCCCUUUUAACAUCUCCCCAAAUUAGUGUUUUAUUCUAUACACUUUAUGAGAUGCCAGCUUAACAAUACCCUUAAUAUGGCCCAAGGAUUCUACAAAAGGAAAUGCUUGUGUGUUUGUCAAAAGUGUUUUCCGACUGGGCAUGAUGGCUCAAGCCUGUAAUCCCAGCACUUUGGGAGGCUGAGUCAGGAGGACCACAAGGUCACGAGUUUGAGACCAGCCUGGCCAAUAUGGUAAAACCCCGUCUCUACUAAAAAUACAAAAAUUAGCUGGGCAUGGUGGUGCACGCCUGUAGUCCCAGCUACUCGGGAGGCUGAGGCAGAAGAAUCACUUGAAUCCGGGAGGCAGAAGUUGCAGUGAGCUGAGACAGCACCGCUGCACUGCAGCCUGGGCGACAGAGUGAAACUCUGUCUCAAAAAAAAAAAAAGUGUUUCCUGUGCAGAUUAUCUAUUCACCACUUGCAGAUUUGAAGUUUACUAAGCAUAUGUGAUAUCUAAAAUUCAUUUGAAGAAUAAUUUUCAAUGCCAAAAAUGUUUAAAAGUGGGAUAUAGGAAGAUGAUGCAAAGAUGGAAUCUCCAAAUAUUUCCAUUUUCACCAGGAGGACUUAAUAGAAUGUCUAACAGCUAUUUUUAGAUAUUUUUGAAAUGUGAGAGGGGUGAGUUAGUUAACAAAAAGUAGACUAUGAGAUUAAAAUGUCUAUUCACUCUAAAAUCUCAGCAUUCACUUUCUUAUUGUCAAGUUAUUCAUCAGACUCUUUUCAGAGACAACCUAAAUGCAAGCUCGUAGAAUAUUACAACUUCUUUUAUAUGAGAUGGCAGGAAAUAAUUUCUUGGCCUUUUAAAGGAUAGAUGAGGGAUUUGAAUACCACUUUCAGAUUAAGUAACUCCUCUGUUGAAUAUUACACUGUUUUAUGGUUCAUAUCUCUAUUGUGGUUGAGAGGUAUUGCCAGAUUUAUUCACUGACAAGUAAAUAUUAUUCAGUUUAUAAUUAGUAUCCACUUUAGGGGGAGAUACUUUCAGUCUAUGUUAAAACUAUCUUCAAUGUUCAGUAUCCUGUUCCACAUAAAACUUUCAUGCACUAGUUUUAGCAUUCAUUGAUUUUUAUGUGAAUCAGUUAUAACUGAUUGUUACAAAAUGGUGAUUUUUUUUAAAAAAGUAGUUUUUCUGUGUUUAAUAAGUAUCAUUCUAUUAUAAGGAGAACUAUUCCUACCCCUAUUUAUUCACUAUUACUAUGAACUUAUAAAUUCUUACAUUAUUUCAAUGAAUUACAAUCCUUUCUGUCAUUAUUUAUUUUGUUGUUUAAAUGGUCCCAUAUUUGGCCAGUGGGACUCCCUAAAAGCUCGCCCCUGUGUCCUUUUGACUUGACAUGUUCCCAUCACUUUUUGAGCAUUUCCCCAGCCCUGGAAUCAGCCAUUUACCCAAAGAACCUGAUGUCCUUUAGAAACCAAUAUUUUGCAUUUGGUAUGCUCAUUGCCAUUGGCUCAUUGCUACUUGUAGGCCUUUUUAAUACAUAGAUGAGAGUACAGAUAUACAUAUUGACAUAUACAGAUAUAUGCAUAUAUGCAACAAUUUUAAUAUGUUUAAUAUACAGUAUAUACAUUUAUAUGUGUUCUGGUAAACUAUGUAUUAUUGUUUUGCCUGGACAAUGUGUGUUUGUUUUUAAAUUUACUUAAAUGGUAUUAAGCGGUAUCUCAUUUUAUUAGUUUUUUGCUCAGGAACAUAAGAUUAUUCUUCUUGUGUAUACCUUUAGUUGUUGCUUUUAACUGGUAUGAAAAAUUCCACAGCAUGCAUCCCCUAGUGAGGAACACAUAUAUUGCUUCCUACCAUUUGCCUUCACAAAGACUGCCGCCAAAUGAUUAUCCUUAUGCCAGACCCCUACAAGCCUGUUUGAGUAUUUCUGUGGGAACAUGAAACAGGACUUGAUGGGCCAUGGGACUGCAUAUUUUGAAUUUGACUGAAUACUGCCUAUUGCUCUCACAAUGGUUAUACCAGUCUGCAUGUCAUCAACAAUGCAUGAUGGUUCCUACACAUACACAUUCACAACAACACUUGACAUAAUCAAACUUUCUAAUUUAUAUAAUCAAAUAGAUGGUAACAUAUUGCAUUAUGUUUUACUUUGCAUUUAUGUGAUAACUCAUGAGUUUGAGCAUCAUUUUAUGUUCUUAUAGCAUUUGGGAUUUCUUCUGUAAUGGUCCAUUCAUGAACUUAGCCCAUUUUUCCACUAGUGUUCCUAUCUUUGUCUUGUUAAUUUACAUGUGCUCUUUUUGAAUAUUUUAUAUUUUAGAAUAAGUUAAUCAAAUUUAUUUUAAAAUUAUGUUUAAUUUUCAAAGUGAUUAUAUUACAUUUGUAAACAAUUUAGCAAGUAACAAAACAUGGUGCUAUUGUUUGGAGGUUUGUACCCCCAAACCUCAUGUUAAAAUUCGAUCCCCAGUGUUGGAGGUGGGGCCUAAUGGAAGGUGUUUGGAAGAUGAAUAGAUUAAUUCCCUCCCUGGGAGUGAGGGUGAGUGAGUACUCACUCUAUUAGUUCUUGCAAGAGCUGGUGGUUUAAAAAGAGACCGGCAGCUUCCCCCACGUCGCUUCCCCUCUUGCCAUUUGAUCUCUGCACAUGUCAGUUCCCCUUCAUCUUUCACGUAAAUGGGAGCAGCCUCAGAAGCAGAUGUUGGUGUCAGGCUUCUUGUGCAGCACACAACUGUGAGCCAAAGAAACCUCUCUUCUUUAUAAAUUACCCAGCCUCAGGUAUCCCUUAUGGCAACACUAAACAGACUCAGAUGCAUGCAAUCCUAUUCAAAAGUUUGGACUAUCGCUUUAUGUAUUCAAAUCAUCCUUCAUGUCAGUUUUAGACAUUGAAGUUAUGUUCUCCAAUAGGUCAUCUGCCUGUUAGCUUUGGCAUUGUUGUUCUUCAUUCUCUUCAUGACGGAACUUUUUGCCUUAUUAUUUUACUUUUGAAGUUUGAAAUUUUCCUACUUUCAGUCUACAAAAGUAAUUUCUAAUCCUCAUAGUUUUAAUUUACACAUUUAAUGCUUUAAUCUACUUAGAGUCUACCCUUAAAUAUGGUGUUAGGUAGGGAUUUGGUUUCAUUUUUCUCCCAAUGGUAGGACGAUUUUCCAAAUACCAUCUAUGAAACAGUUCAUCCUUUUUCCUUGUUUGUAUAAUCAUCAUCAAUGACAUCUAUCUACAUAGGUUUAUCUCUGAGCUCAAUAUUUUCCUCCAUUGAUACUUAUGGCAUCCCUACACCUUUUUUUAUUACCAUGAUUAGUUAAGUUAUUAAUGGAGCCUUUAUAUGUUGACAUAGAUUUUGUAGUAAGUAUGUCAAUAUUCUAAAAAAUUUUGAAAAAUACCUAUGUGGGCCCUGUGGUGUUUGGGAGAGGGAAGGACUUUAAAUUCUAGGUUGAUUUCUUUGUUACUUACUUGAGUAUUCUACUUCUAUGUAAAUAUCUUUUCUUGCACUAAUGUUAGUGUUUUAUAUUUGUCUAGGAAUUUUUCCAUUCCAUCUAAGUUUUCACAUUUAUUAGCAUAUAAUUGAAUAAUCUCAUUUUAAAAAAUUUUAGUUGUGUUCUAGUUAUGCUCCCUUCUUGUACAUUUUAUUUGGAUAUUCACUCUUUUUGUUCUUGAUUAUUAUUGCCACAGCUCUAUUGUAGUAAUCUUUUCAAAGAGACAUAUUUUUGUUUUCUUAAUCUUCUCCAUGGUUUUUUCUUCUCCAGUUCACUGAUUUAUGCUUACCUUAUGUUUUGCUUCCUUGUUACUUCAUAGGGUUUGCCCUGUGCCCCUUUUCCAACCUCUGUACUUAAAUGUGUACUCUUUGCUUUUAACCAUCUCGACUUCUUAUUUAUGUUUAUAUAUCAGUAAAUGUUCUUCUAAAUAUUGCUUCAUUGUAUCCUACAAACUUUUUCAUGUUAUUAUCAAUCAGUUCUUUUUUUUUUUUUUUUUUUUUUUUCUUUCUGAGACAGAGUCUCACUCGGUCACCCAGCCUGGAGUGCAGCGGUGUGAUCUCGGUUCACUGCAAGCUCUGCCUCCUGGGUUCACGCCAUUCUCCUGCCUCAGCCUCCUGAGUAGCUGGGACUACAGGCGCCCGCCACCAUGCCCAGCUAACUUUUUUGUAUUUUUAGUAGAGACAGGGUUUCACUGUGUUAACCAGGACAGUCUCGAUCUCCUGACCUGGCGAUCCACCCGCCUCGGUCUCCCAAAGUGCUGGGAUUACAGGCGUGAGCCACCGUGCCCGGCCAAUCAGUUAUCUUAGUAUUUAAAAUAUUUUGUGAUUUCCUUUUUAACACAACAGUUAUUCAGUAAUGUGUAAUUUAGUUUCAAAUGUGGAUUUUUUAAAAAUAAUCAUAUUACAGUAUAUUCAGAGAACACCAAUAUGAUAUUGAUCCUGUGGACUUUAUCCUGUGGAAGCUUUCUUUAUGGGAUAGAGAGCUAUGAUGUUGGUCUGUCGUUGUGCCUUCAUAGGUCUUUUGCUCUUUCUAGAAGGUCUUAGAAUUUUCUCUUUAUCUCCAUUAGUUACUUAAAGUUGAUUUAUUUCUUCUUUCUUGAAUUCUGGGAAAUUUAUCAUCAUAAAUUUUCACAUUUUAUUUUGCAUUUUUAGUUUUCAUUUCUUCUUAGAUUUCCAUAUUCUAGAUGUUAGAUGGCUGUUUUUAUCCUCCAUAACAUUUGUCUUUUCUUUAGUAUGUUCUCUUUAUUCUUUUCUACUAUUUUCUGGGUAAGUUUCUAAUCUUCUAACACUAAAUUAAUUAGCUUUUCACAUGUAUCCAAACUACUAUUUUUCCCUCAACAAUUUAUAUGUUUUGGCAGUUAUACUUUUACAGUUAAGGCUUUCUCUUUUAUUCUUUCUUAUGACUCCCAUUCUCAUUUCAUGUUUCAUCAUCUUCCUUUGUGUCCUCAUAUCCUUAAGAAUAUUUGUCAUGCUUACUUUAAAAUCUCGGUCAGUGUGUUCCAGUAGUUUUGCUACAGUUGGUAUGCUGUUGUUCAGCUUGUUGUAUUUCUUUUUCAGUAGUUGUAUUACUCAGGUAUCUAGUCAUGUUGGCUUGUGAACUCAGAUUUCUUGUGGCUGUUAACUACUCUGGUCAUUUGUAUUGGGGAAGGACUGAAGGACAAUCUCAGUCUGCUGCUGUUCUGGCAACAUAAUUAUAAAUAGCACCUACUUUUUGUUUUCAAAAGUGUCCUGGUUUGAGCAGGAAUUAUAUAGUCAGUCUCACUGAAAUCUAGGACGUAAGCUGUGUCAUUGUCAGUAAGUUUAAAAUGAAGGGAAGUGAUGUGCCCCAGGGUAGAGAGUCUCAGGAACCAUGAAACACUGACCAGGCAACUCCUCUGGGUUGUGAAAAGGAAAAACUUUAGACAAGGUAAAUUUAACAGAGUUUAAUAGUGCAAGAAUGAUUCGUGAGUUGGGAAACUUUUAGAACCAGAACAAGUUGGAAGAACUGCAAGCUGGCAAUGUGGCCAGACAGCAUUAUGGACAGAAAAUGGAAGUGAGGUCCAGAAACAGCUUUGUUGGUUACAACUGGUUACAGCUGGAUGUUUUGUCUUGUUCGAAUCUGUCAGCCACCUGCAAUUGACUGAAGCUCAGCUGCUGUAAUUGACUGAGACACAGCUAUCUGUUACAAGUGUAUAUUCUAUUCAUAAUUAUGCUGUUAGUUUACACACUAGGUUAGCUUGCAGUUUGUUGCAUAAGGACUCAAGUACAGAGGCAACCUCAGGGAAAAUUUCGUUUAAUUAAACAACUAUAUCACCUUGAAGCGCCUGAACAAAGCAGCAUUGGAGGAGACAGUCUCUCUGGUUUGUAACCUGGGCUUCGGAGAUGGAGGCAGGUGGAGGAGUGAAGGCCCAAGGAUGGCUCUUCAGCCCUUCCCUGUUUUCAUCAGCCAGCCUAAUGCUCUCCUAAUUUUACCGUAACUACUCCUGGUUAGUUGCUGUUGUUGUCUACGGAGACAGGCAAGGAUGGUUACUAUUGUUUCCAAAUGGCUAAAUUGCAUGUUUGUUUGUUUGUUUGUUUUCUUCAGAAUGGCUAAUUUAUUAGUUGUAGGGUUAUUGUAGCUAAUUUGAAUAAAAAUUAAGCCUACACAGUCACAUGGUAUUUGAUUGUAUACAACUUAGUUUAGUUCUUUAGCUCUGACCCCAUGGGAUAUCACUAACCCAUGAUGGAGUCAUCAGUGAAAGUGAAAUGAUAUCACUAGCCUAUAAUGGAGUCAUCAGUAAAAGGUAUUGUGCAUGUGUAUGUUCAUAAAGAUACACACAAAUGUCAACUAUAGAGUUUCUUGGACACUGUUUCUAAAGUACUGGUAGUUUCAGCUUCUGUAUGUAACAUCCUGUUCUUUCUGGGUCUAGUUGGAUACAAAAUAAAUAGGUCACAAGAAGUCUACUUCUUCCUAGCUGAGUUGACUAGUAGCCAAAACUUUUAGAAAACUGUUGGAUUGCCUGUGUAUGAGACUGUACCAGGUUGGGCUAUAUUAGUUUCUAGGGCUGCUUUAACAAAGUAUCACAAACCAAGUGGCUUAAGCAAAAAUUAAUCAUCUCAUAGUCCUAGAGACUAGAAAUCUGAAAUUGAGGUUGUCAGUAGGGUUGGCUUUUUAUGAGGGCUGUAAGAGAAUCUGUUUGAUACCUGUUUGCUGGCUUUUGCUGGUUGCUGGUAAUCUUUGGCAUUCCUUGGCAGAUAGACUCAUCACCCAGAUCUCUGCCUUCUUCUUACCAUAGCUUUCUUCCUGUGUGUGUUGCUGUGUGCAAGUUUUUCCUUUUUAUAAUGGUAAAAGUUAUAUCGGAUUAUGCCUACACCAGUAUGACCUCAUCUUAAUCACAUUGGUGGCAGUGACUUCAUUUCAAAAUACUGUCACAUCAUGAGUUACAGGAAUUAAAACUUCA